AUGGGUCACCGUACUCUAGCCUCCACCCCAGCGCUCUGGGCCUCCAUUCCCUGUCCACGCUCUGAGCUGCGCCUGGACCUAGUUCUGGCUUCUGGACAGUCCUUUAGGUGGAGGGAGCAAUCCCCUGCGCACUGGAGUGGCGUGCUGGCGGACCAAGUAUGGACACUGACUCAGACGGAGGAGAAGCUCUACUGCACCGUAUACCGAGGGGAGGACAGCCAGGACGGCAAGCCCACAUUAAAGGAGCUGCAAGCCGUGCGUCGUUACUUUCAGCUGGAUGUCAGCCUGGCUCAACUAUAUUACCGCUGGGCUUCUGUGGACCCCCACUUCCAAGAGGUGGCCCAGAAAUUCCAAGGUGUGCGGCUUCUGCAGCAGGACCCCAUCGAGUGUCUUUUCUCCUUCAUCUGUUCUUCCAACAACAACAUCCCCCGCAUCACUGGCAUGGUGGAGCGACUCUGUCAGGCCCUCGGACCUCAACUCAUCCAACUCAACGAUGUCACCUACUACAGCUUCCCCAGCCUGCAGGCCCUAGCUGGGCCCAAGGUGGAGACUCACCUCCGGAAGCUUGGCCUGGGCUACCGUGCCCGCUACGUGAGCGCCAGUGCCCAAGCCAUCCUGGAAGAGCACGGCGGACUGCCUUGGCUACAGCAACUGUGUAAGGCCCCCUACGAGGAUGCUCACAAGGCCCUCUGCACCCUGCCUGGAGUGGGCACCAAG